GCUAAAGUAGCUGCAACUUACAGGCUCAUCUGCAGUGGUACUCCUUUUCGUCUCGUCCCACUCCUCUACCAACUAUACCGCCACGUGGCUAUUAAGACAAAUUAAUCUCCGGUGGGACCCAUUCUAGUAGGUCCCACCUAUUUACCCUCUUACCAUUCCAAAUCAUUUUCCCAUCUACUACCCUUUCCUCCUCCUGCUCCCCUCUCUUUCUCUCUCUUCAAAUUCUCCUCUUUCUCUCCCCAACCCUAAAAUCGCCGUCAAAUUCGGGAGGAUUUUAAUUUAAUUCCAUCCUAAAUUAAUAUUCCUACAACGAGAGUUUCAAUUAAUAUUCUUAAAUUAUUUUGACUGCAUCUGAAAAACAUCAUCAUUGUUUUUGUAGAAUUGAAAUUCCAUUGUUAUUUAUCCUCUGAAAAAUUCAGCUUUCCUUAAUAUUUGGGAUUUUUUUUCUUCUCUUUCUUCCUUAAAUUAGCACCGACAAUUUAGAUCACUUGGGAUUUAUCUCCGUUUUUUCGUGAUCUACAGUUCCAGCUUUUUUGAGGCGGAAGAGAAGUGAAAGUAAAGGAGGAUCGUUUGCUCUUAGAGCGUUCUGGUGAUGCUGGAUUGCUCGUAAAUUUUAAUUAAUAAUAUAUUAAGGAAAUGUCGGGACCUCUUGAUCGAUUUGCUCGACCUUGUUUUGAGGGAUUCUCUGUACAUGACGAAAGAAGGGAAAGAAAGUCUGAUUUUGAGAACUCAGAGGAUGAGAGAAGGUCAAAAAAUUGGUCUUUGAAGAAGAAAGCAAUAAAUGCAUCAACCAAAUUAAAGCAUUCUCUUAAGAAAAAGAGUAGCAGAAGGAAAAGUGAUGGACGUGUCAGCUCAGUUUCUAUAGAGGAUAUUCGAGAUGUAGAAGAGUUACGGGCUGUUGAUGCAUUUAGGCAGGCCUUGAUUUUGGACGAACUUUUACCUGAUGACCACGAUGAUUAUCACAUGAUGUUGAGGUUUCUUAAAGCAAGAAAGUUUGAUAUUGAAAAGGCGAAGAGCAUGUGGGCUGAUAUGAUUCAGUGGAGGAAGGAAUUCAAUGUUGAUUCUAUUGUACAGGAAUUUGAGUUUAAGGAGAUAGAGGAUGUCUUGAAUUACUAUCCCCAUGGCUAUCACGGUGUGGACAAAGAGGGUAGACCUAUUUACAUUGAAAGAUUGGGAAAAGUUGAUCCGAACAAACUUAUGCAAGUAACUACUAUGGAUCGAUAUAUAAAAUACCACGUUCGAGAAUUUGAAAAAGCUUUUGCAAUUAAGUUCCCAGCUUGCACCAUUGCUGCAAAACGGCACAUAGAUUCAAGCACUACAAUCUUAGAUGUUCAGGGUGUGGGGUUGAAAAAUUUCACCAAGUCUGCUAGGGAACUUAUAACACGAUUGCAGAAGAUUGACGGUGACAAUUAUCCUGAGACCCUUUAUCAGAUGUUCAUUGUUAAUGCUGGUCCGGGAUUUAGGCUUUUGUGGAACACUGUCAAGUCUUUCCUAGAUCCAAAAACCACCUCAAAGAUUCAUGUUCUUGGCAACAAGUUCCAGAGCAAAUUACUUGAAGUUAUCGAUGCCAGUGAGUUACCAGAGUUCCUUGGUGGGCGUUGCUCCUGUGCCGAUCAAGGUGGAUGUAUGCUCUCUGACAAGGGACCUUGGAAAAAUCCUGAGAUCUAUAAGAUGGUUGUUAAUGGAGAACCACGGCGUGCUAGACAAGUUGUUAAAGUUUUGAGUAGUGAUGGAAAGGUUAUUGCUUAUGCUAAGCCUCAAUUUCCAAUGCUGAAAGGUAGUGACACAUCUACUGCCGAGUCCGGAUCUGAAGCUGAAGAUAUUGCUUCACCUAAGGCAGCAAUGAAUUACUCACAUUUGAAAUUGACUCCUGUCCGCGAAGAGGUUAAGGUACCUGGAAAAACUGGCUUUACUGGUAGCUAUUCAGGCUAUGAUGAGUAUGUUCCCAUGGUCGACAAGCCUGUUGAUGCUUGCUGGAAGAAGCCAUCAUCUGUUCAAAGGUCUUAUUCUUCAAAAAGGACACUUCAAGCUCCGGAUACAAAGAAGAGUCCUGAAGGAGUUCGAGCUCGUUUCGUGAUGAUGAUUAUGACAUUUGUCAUGGCCGUGCUUGCACUUUUCCGCUCAUUGGCAGGCCGUGUGAUCAAAAUAUUACCUGUUGUAUCUCCAAGACGUGAGUCUAUUACUGAUGCUACCCCAAAUAUAGUUCCCCAAGAAUCUCGUCCUCCUUCACCGCCUCCAGCAUUCAUGGAAGCAAACCUCUUGUCCAAUGUACUGAAGAGGCUGGGUGAGCUUGAGGAGAAAGUUGAUUCACUUCAAUCAAAACCUUCUGAAAUGCCGUUUGAGAAGGAGGAGUUGUUGAAUGCCGCUGUAUGUCGUGUGGAUGCGUUGGAGGCGGAGUUAAUUGCAACCAAAAAGGCUCUCCAUGAAGCUUUGAUGAGGCAGGAAGAGCUGCUUGCUUAUAUUGACCGUCAAGAAAACGCCAAAUAUCGGAAGAAGAAAUUUUGCUGGUGAGCGGAUUAAUCGGAAGCGUAAGAGUCUGGAUGUUCGACGAUACUGAGAGUUGAGGCGAAACCGUCUUUUCCAUAUGCAAGCAUUCCAUGUCAGUCUAAAUCUACUUUUUUUUUCGUCAAAAGAGCUACUGCUCGCAAUGAUGUAAAGAGAUGCAGUAAAACUGUGAUGUUUAUUUUUAAAACCCUCCCAAUUUCAAUUUAAGGGGUGGGUAGAAGAAAAAUUAUAAAAUUUUAUAUCUUCUGGAAA